CUUCCUUGCAUGCAUAUGGAAUGCCCAGAGGUAGCCGGAAGGCGCAAGUGUCAAGUCAUCUUGCCCAACGCGUUGACCGACUUCACUUAGCUUCCCGGUCAUCACCACCCAACCUCCUCAUCCAUCUUCACACCCCACACCCCGCAACAACCAAAAAAAAAUGUCAUCACCCUGCGCAUUCCGCGCCCGCCCGCUACUAACCCGCCGCGGCCGCGACCUCGUCGGGCACCCCCAUCCCCGAAGAAGCCGUCCAAUGAGUUCCGGUACGAGCACAAGCCCCCAAUAUUCACCGACCCCGACUUUAUCUGGGUUUACAGCAUCCGCGCGCCUUUGCGGACGCCAUGACCCCGGCCGGUCGGACGCUUUGGGGAGAACGGCGGCGGCGAACCUUGUCCUAUGCGGUGUCAGUUUGAUUUGGAGCGUGGAGGGGUUGAGGGUGGGUUGCGAGCGGUGGCUGAGAAUGCGUGAGGUUCCACGAGCCGCGGCGCAAUGCGGGCCAUGCGAUGCCGGGAGCGUGGGUGUUGAACUGCAACCAGCGAGGCGAGGUGGCACCGUGCCAACGCCCGUGCGCCACGCGAUGGACAAGGACAGAUCCAGUCGGUACCAAUCGCUGGGUUGGCGACAGUUCUACCCUGGACGGCGCCCGAAACGACAGCAUGCAAAACCCGCGCAUGCAUCCGCCGGUGCGUACGCCGGAACGGGGUGAGGUUUGUGGAAGGACAGUAAAAGGAUGUGGAUCUGCCGGUUUUUCGAAGAGUUUGGAGGCGCUUCGCAGAUAUUUUACCCCCACGCCCAUGAUAGGACGGGGGAAAGCUCAGAUCUAAGCACGCAUAUUAGUGAGAUGGGAAAACCUCAGACUUUGAUUCAAAAACAAGACCUCAGCUCAGAUCGGCGUAUUGGGACCCAGAAUAGCUUCGGAAAUCUCACUUUUCACA